GGUCGGAGCCGGUUGUUGCCAUUUCCCAAAUCGGUAAUCUCGUACUACUAUUCUUCUUCUUCGUCGUGAUAGAAAUCGGAUAAGGAGUUAUGGACUAAAGUGAUAUUUGGCGCAGAUCGGUCAAACAACAUAGGAUAAACCACAAAACGUUUAUUAACCGUAGGAUAUCAAUCUAAUUGAUUGUGAACCGUCCGAUCUCAACACGUCUGUCCCCGCCCUAACCAACCCAAAAAACUAAAACCCGAAAGCUCUGACACGCAAACCCUACUACUCCUCAGCACAACACAGCCUCACUAUUCAUUCACUGACCCCAACUCUCAGAACUUCUAGAUUCUUCUAGAAGAUUCCAUGGCGGAAGGUAAGAGGUCGACCGGCACCGUCAAAUGGUUCAGUGCACAGAAAGGUUUCGGUUUCAUUGCUCCUGAUGACGGCGGCGAGGAUCUAUUUGUUCACCAGACCUCCAUCCAAUCUGAUGGCUUUAGGACACUAUCCGAAGGCCAGCCGGUCGAGUUCGACGUCGAUUUUGGAGAGGAUGGCCGUACUAAGGCCGUCGAAGUCGUCGGCGUAUCCAGAUCUCGCCGUGCCCCUCGUGGCAGCCGUGGCGGGGGAAGCGGGAGAGGAUUCUAUGGCGGACGGGGAAGAGGAGGUGGUGGUGGAGGAUAUAAUAGUGGUCGCGGCGAUGGUGGCUAUGGAACCGGUGGAAGGGGUGGUCGAUCAGGCAGUGGAUAUGGCGGUAGCGGUGGUGGUGCUUGCUAUAAUUGUGGGAGAGUUGGCCAUUUAGCGAGAGAUUGUUACCAAAGCGGAGGCGGUGGUGGUGGAGGAAAUAGGAGAUACGCUGGUGGCGGCGGCAGGGGCGGGGGCGGGGGCGGAUACUCUGGUGGUGGAGGCGGCGCAUGUUAUAAUUGUGGGGAGGAAGGGCAUUUUGCGAGAGAUUGCACUAGUACUGAUCAAAACUGAGACAAUGUGGAUGCUUCUCUUCAUGAUGAUGCUCUGUUGAUUAAUUAUUUAUGGGUUGUUGCAUUUUCAAGUUUUGGUGAUUGUUUUUCAAGGGAUGGAAUUAGCAGACGAGAUGGAGCAGAAGCGUCUUCUGUUGCCAUUGCCACUUUGCUUCUUCCUCAUUGGGUUUUUUUGGGUAAAUUUGAUGAUGUUGGUAAUUGUUUGCUUAAGUUAUAGUUUUAUCAUUUUCUCUUUUUUUUUUUUUGGUCUCCUCAGUUAUUUGUUGACAUGAAAUUGAUCCUAAUUACAUGUUCUAUAUGAAAUUAGUGAUUUUUUCAAUUUUCUUUAAUGCAAAAUACCAAUUAUUAAUA